UUUGGACCCCUCUAAUCAGGUGGGGAUUUCGCUUGCUAAUCAACCUAAUCACAAUAGACAGCACGUGGCAGACCGAGAAGCUCAAGCCAAAAGGAGGUUUUCUUCACAUCUCUUGAACUCCAAGUACCCCUACAUACAACAGUGCAAGUAUGACUACAGCUAUGCCAUUGAACCCCAAGCCGUAUCUGAACGGCCUGACCGGAAAGCCUGUCAUUGUGAAACUGAAAUGGGGAAUGGAGUACAAAGGCUACCUGGUCUCCACUGACAACUACAUGAAUGUGCAGCUUGCAAACACUGAAGAAUUUAUCGAUGGUCAACUGAGUGGAAACCUGGGUGAAGUACUAAUAAGAUGCAAUAACAUACUGUACGUCCGAGGCAUUGACGAGGAGGAAGAAGGAGAAAUGAAAGAAUGAUUAUUGACUGUGUAAAACUACUGGCCAUGUAUGUUUAAUAGUUUGCCCGUCACAUGCAUCACAUUUCUGUUCUAUUUUCUCUUUGCUUCAUCUAUCCAUUGUGCAUUUAUAUACAAAAAUUGACUAGCCACUGCAAAAAUGAGUUGAUGUUGAAAA